AACAUUUGUCAAAAUAAAAAUAAAACAUAAAGAGACGUGCUGCGGGCCAGAUUGAAGAUGCUGGUGAGCUACAUGCGUGCCGUAAUGUGGACACCCUUGCACUGGCGUAUCUGUGCUUUCAAAAGUGAUACUUAAAUACUGCUUCUUUCCUUUUUUUAUCAUUAUUUUUAUUAUUUUAGUUCAAAGACCCUGCUUGGGACCGAGCCACAUUUGCUAAAGUGUAGGUAUUCCAUGUUCCUCUAAAAUUGUGCAUUAGAAACCAGUCUCUGAAUGAGAGGGAGAAGACAAGCAGACACCUUGGUGACACAUUUCUCACCUCACAGUGAAAUGUUUAAUGGUCCUAAUGUCUAAUUAGAGCACAUGGCUCAAGUGUGUGCAGGAGCAUAUAUCUGCAUGCUGGGAUCACUGGUGAAGCAGAGCAGAAUGACCCAGUCAGCAGUUGGGAGACAUUAGUUGAGCCCGGAGGAAUAGAGAGUGAGCGUCGUAGAGGAUAGAGCAUCAUGGAGGAACUGGCCCGAGAGAGCAUCAGCCUGCUGGCUCGGUCCGCAUCCCAUUCUGAUCCCCCACAGCUGGGAUCUUUUGGUGCCGUGUUCAUUAUGCUGAAGUCUGCGCUCGGAGCUGGACUACUAAACUUCCCAUGGGCCUUCCAGAAGGCAGGGGGAGUGACCACUGCUGUCAGCGUGGAGCUGGUUUCUCUGGUGUUCCUCAUCAGUGGGCUGGUCAUCCUUGGCUAUGCCUCAUCCGUCAGCAGACAAAAAACCUACCAGGACGUGGUGAGGGAAGUGUGUGGAAGUGCGGUCGGUCAACUGUGCGAGGUCUGCUUCUGCUUCAAUCUCUUCAUGAUAUGUGUCGCCUUUCUGGUGGUGGUGCAGGACCAGCUGGAAAAAUUGUGUAUUUCUCUGUAUGAGACGGUGACCGGGUCAGGUGAGGAGGAAAUGCCCUAUCAUUGGUACACAGAUCAGCGCUUUGCCCUCUUCAUCAUGUGCCUCGUCAUCAUCCUACCACUCUCCAUCCCAAAAGAAAUUGGCAUCCAGAAAUACACAAGUGUGCUGGGAACCUUGGCUGCAACCUACCUCUGUGUGGCAGUUAUUGUCAAAUACUACAUGAUGGAGGACCACACCGCCAUUAUAACGCCAGAGCACAGUCAAGGUGUAGGCUCGUGGGCGUCUAUGUUCAGUGUUGUGCCAACCAUCUGCUUUGGUUUCCAGUGUCAUGAAGCCUGCAUCGCCAUCUACAGCAGCAUGGAGAACCAGAAGAUCUCGCACUGGGUGGUCAUCUCUGUCAUCUCCAUGCUCUUCUGUCUGCUCAUCUACACUCUCACUGGUGUGUACGGCUUCAUGACGUUUGGUAGAGCGGUUGCCUCGGAUAUCUUGAUGUCGUAUCCAGGGAACGAUGUGGUCAUGAUCAUUUCCAGACUGCUUUUCGGAAUAUCAAUCAUCACCAUCUAUCCUAUUAUUCUUCUUUUAGGGAGGUCCGUCAUCCUAAAUCUGAUGGUGCGGAUCCAAAGGCGUCGGCAUGGAAUUGUGACACACUCCUUUGAGAGUCGCUGCAGGGUGCUUCUCACUGUGAUCUGGAUCACCAUCACUCUUCUUAUCGCCAUGUUUGUCCCUGACAUGGGUGAGGUCAUCAGCGUGAUUGGAGGAAUCAGCGCCUUCUUCAUCUUUAUUUUUCCUGGUCUUUGCUUGGUGUUCAUCAUGCAAAAUGAACCAGUGAAUCCAAGAGUCAGGAUUGUUUUAACCGUUUGGGGAAUCAUAACGAUUGUUGUUGGGGCCUUCAUCUUCGGACAGAGUACAACUAUUGCUGUCAUGGAGCAACUACAGAAAUUCUGAACAUCUUCAUCACCACCAUCAUCAUCAUGGUGCUCCAAUCUUAGUCCAGAGCACUGGAUGGCGCUGUUUUGUUUUGCACAACUGAACAUUGAUUUUUUUGUUAGGUUAUAGGCUUUCAUGACUUAUUGGUUCUAUUUGUGGGAUCAU